CACCUUCACAGGACUGCUUGUCGUUGUUCAUUACACCGAGAAUUUGACCUCUCUCUGUGUAUCCACAGGACUGUUGUCAUCGGAACUGAUCUUACUUGUCAUCACACACCGCACCGCUGACGUGGGAAGAGUAACAACCAACCCCGUAUUCAAUCAAGAGAAGGAGACCCUCAAUCACUCUCAUACAGAUACACCAUGGGACUUCAGUACCUUAUCAGCAUGAACCGCCAGGGUAAAGUGCGGCUUGCCAAAUGGUACCAGAACUAUACACAUGAUGAGAAGUACAGGAUCAACGUGGACGUGCACAAGUUGAUCUCCUCACGAGAACACAGACAACAUAGCAACUUUGUCGAAUUACAGGACUCCAAGCUGGUAUACAAGCGCUAUGCCGGGCUGUUCUUCAUAGCCAGCAUCGAUCUCGAGGACGACGAGCUUGCCUAUUUAUCCGCCAUACAUCUAUUAGUAGAAGUGUUGGAUCAACACUUUGAAAACGUUUGCGAACUGGAUCUCGUGUUCAAUUUUUACAAAGUAUACGAAUGCCUUGAUGAGAUCUUCCUUGGGGGAGAGUUGCAGGAGACGUCGAAGGAGGUGAUUCUAAAUAGGUUUGACGAAAUCGAAGCCCUUGAGUAAACGAAGAAUAUAAACAUACCCGUUAAAACAGUUCAACUUGCUUCAAAUCCUUGGAUAGAACUUCUUGCACCAGAGGCCAAACUUCCUCGGCAACGUCCUGUAUAUUUUUACCAUCAACAACUAGAGUAUUCCAAUUUGGUUCGUUAAAGAACUUCUCAAACUGUAGCUUGACCUGCUGUUGAAACUCUGUAACCUCGUACCGCUCAUCUCCAAACCCACCUCUGCUUGACUGGCUAUCGUUCAGGUUGAGGAAAAUGGUCAAGUCGGGCCUUGGGAGCCCAAUGUCGGGAUUGAGACACCACUGAGCAUCCAACCCCUUCGCUGCCGUGUAUGCCACGCCAGAGUAGACAUACCUAUCAAGCACCACGAUUGUGCCGU